GCCUCUUUUUGUCUACUGCCUGUAGUCUUGACAACUGAUCAUCAGUGAUAAGAUGUGGGCACCAGAAUCACACAACCUUGUCAGAGUCUGGUAUCUGCAGCGUUUGGUUAGUUUGGGAAUAGGUGCUGACUGUUUGCAGAGUGAGCUGGCCGUGUGACUGUUCCUCUCGUCCUGAAGGGGGCAGCAGGACCUGGAGGCCUCGGUGCUGCAGGUCUCAGGCUCCACCUCCGGGGAAGAUGAUGGCGGUCGCUGGAAAGAAGCCGGCUCUACUCCGGAGAGGGAGUGGAGUCCCUUACAAACAGCAGCUGGAGAUGCUGAUUGGAGACUCUACUGACAAUUUAAUUAAACGGAUAAUGAGACUCAUUUUACAAGACACCUAUGAGGCCCAGUCAGAACUACAAAUGAUCAUGUCAGAUUUGUUUGAGAAAAUCUCUAUUAAUGGAGCUGAAGACUGUCCCCCAGAAGCACAUGUUUUCUUGCAGCGCUUUGCUGAAAUUGCAUGGUCUGAGCUGGUGGAUGAAUGCUUUGCUGAAGGUAGCAUGAAGUCGAUUCACUCUCAUUCUACAUUUUUUCAGGCUUUAGACUUCUUGCGUCGAAUAUCUUGUUACAUGCCUUGUGUCAGACGAAUGUGGGAUAAACGAUACAGAAUUGUUUCAAAUAUUGGCAUCAUGCUUGUUUUUGAUGGUGAAAUUACUCAUUUACGCUAUUUCAUCUGGCAGGAAUGCUUGAAAAUACUUUAUAAUUGCCUUGUUUUGUGCGAUGAAGAUGAUAUAAAAUAUCUUUGCCAAUUGCAGAUCUUUAACUGCAUGGAAGUAGCUUGGAAAAUGUCUGAUCAAAGGUUGAACCUUGGGUUGCUUGUUAAAGCAUGGCUGGUCCUGGCAGAGCAUUAUCACAUUCCAAUUUGUAAGCAAACCUGGGACAGGUCCUCCUUUUCCCAGAUUAUCUGGUACUUGUCACAGGAAAAUGAAUAUGAAAUGGCAGGAGUGCUUGUUGCUAAAAAAGCCAUGCUGGCAGUGGAGAAUCCUGAAGAAUACAAGAAAAACCCUUACGUGCAUUAUAAUCCUAAAACAAGGUACAUAUCCACAAUAUCUGAUAUUGAAACCAAAUUGCCAGAAACAUUCCCGACUAUAUGCUCUUCUCCUAAUUGUAAUGAAUUGGAAGAUUUGGACUGUCACUUUCGCUCUUGUGAACGCUGUCGGCUUACAUAUUACUGCAGUAAAGUUUGUCAGAAGUACCAUUGGAAACAUGGUCACAAAGAAGAAUGUGUUCCCUUGAUUCCAAAGGAGGAAAUUCUCAAAUAUUACACUAAAGAUGUGAUAAAUGACUUUCAACUGUACUGUAUAAGUCUGUCGAAUAGCAAGAUGCUGGAAAGUAUUAUGGGUCAAACCAUUCCAAAGCGCAGUAGUGGAGAUGGUGUUCACUACUUAGGUGUUCUUGUUAAAAAUGAGCAGGGUCAGUGGGUUACCACUGAUGAACACUUAACCGAUUCCAAGAAGCAUCCCCAAAGAAAUGGACCCAAAGACUAAUUUUUGCUUUGACGACAUUGAGUCAAAAAAUAGUCGGUUUAUAUCUGGUAAAAGAAAGUGAAGAAAGCAAUGUCGAUAGAAAUUAAACUUUCAAACUUCAACCAAACUAAUUAAGUUAAGAACUGCAACAGCACUAAAGUAAACUGUCUCACUACUGAGGAUUAUUGCUGCAUCAUGGUCAAUUGACACAGUUUCAGGUGUAGGUCUAGUUUUAGCUCUCAAGUUCAGGGGUGCUACGAGCUAUGCAAGACCCAAAACUGGUACUGUCUCUUAACUGGUUUGUCAAACACUACCUGAUAUUGCCUGCAGGGUGUGCCCCGAUUGAAUUUGCAGGGACAGACUUGAAACCAAGAGGUACCCAUGUCUAUGGCUUGUUCCAUAGGGUUUGUCACUGCUUGUUCUCGUGUAAAAAUGGUUGGUAACUACCUUUUUAAUUCCAAAGCUUUUUGAUUUUGAGAAAGUUUAGGAAUUAUUUAACAUUUACUUGAAUAACUGCAAAUGUCUUUCUUCAAUUCUUUAGCUAAAUAAAUCCUCUGAUUAUUUUACGAUCUUUCCUUUCUAGCUGUUAACCUUUAAAUCAAACUUUGUUAAAAAUCCCAAGCUUGAGUUGCAUUUACCUUAGGAUUUCUUUCACAUCUUUCUCAUUUAGAUGCCUCCAGUUUCUGCAGUUAAACUCCUUAAUCUGUAAAACUAAGUGAACAUUCCACAACACCCAGAUCAUGCAUUAGAAAUUCAUAAUGAGCUAUUGCCUUUUUGAGAAGAAAUGUUACAUUUUGAUAUUUUCUGCUUCAUUUAUAAUGAACCAACAAAAUUACUUGUAUUAGUGAAUCUGAUCAGUUGUUUAGUUACUUGUACUGAAUCCUAAAUGAAAAAUGGAUGCUGUAAAUUACCCUGUUUUAUUGGCAAUGUCUUUUGAUCUAAAAUGUUGCUCUAAGUUAGAUUUAUUUCUCAGA